CCCCAGGGGUGGUGGCCGUGGUGGUGGCCGGGCCCUGCUCGGUGCCGGGGCUGCUCUGGAAACUGGGACCGGCCCUGGCCAUGGGUAACACGGUGCUGGUUCUGUGCCCCCCCGAUUCGGCGCCGCCGCUGCUGUACCUGGCGGAGCUGGGCAGGGAGGGGGGGGCUCUGCCCCCGGGGGUCCUCAACGUGGUCACGGGACCCCUCCCCGAGCUGUGCCGGGCCCUCCGCACCCACCCCGAGGUCGCCGCCGUCACCUUCCUGGGCGCCCCACAGGAGCAGGUGCAGGCCCUGGCCUGGGGGUCCCCGUGCCGGGGGCCGCGUUUGGGGUGGGCCCGGGGGGGCCCCGUGGUCGUCGUGGUCCUGGACUCUGCCGACCUGGACGGAGCUGCUGCUGCCAUCGUGGGGGCUGUGGGGACCCCCCCGGCCCUGUUCCCGUGGGGGGGCUGCGUGGUGCUGGCCCAGGAGGGGGUCGUGGGGUCGCUGGAGCGGCGGCUCCGGGCCCGGUUCGGGGGGCUGCGGGUCGGGGACCCCCUGGAGCCCAACACCGACGUGGGGCCGCUGCCCCCCGGGGCCCCCCACCCCGGGGGAAUGGUGGGGGCGGCGUUCGAGGAGGGGGCUGAGGUUUUCCAGCCUGUGCCGCCGCCGCCGCCGGGGGGGGGUCGUUUCUACCCCCCCGCCCUGAUCACGGGGGUCGCCCCCACCUCGCGCUGCCUGCGGGAGCCGGUCACGGGGCCGGUGCUGGUGCUGCUCCCCGUGCGCUCCCCCGUUGAGGCCGCGGCCGUGGCCUCGUCCCUGCCCUUUGCAGCCGCCUCCGUCUGGGCCCAGGACGUCACCGCGGGCCUGGACACGGCCCAGAGGCUGCCCCAGGGGCUCGUGUGGCUCAACGAGCUCAACCUGCUGGACCCCGGCGGGGGCUGCGCCGCGGGGGACGCGGAGACCACCCUGGAGGAG